CACCUGCCUCUGUGGAAAGGUGUGCUUAAAAUCCCUUUACAAUUUAAACUCAAAACGUAAUCCUCAGCAGGUGAAAAUAGAUUUACAAACUUUAGCAUAAAACAAACAGCGGGUCCAAAUUGAACAUCUUGACUUACCGAGGCGACACCCGCACGGCGAAAUGCGGGGCUUCUGUGGACGCAAUCUUCUCACUUCAUCCUGUCUCAGAAAUGACGUCUCUGCUUCACUUCACACAGUCCAAACAGGGGUUCAUGCAGGACUUAACUGGAGACAGCAGGGAUCACGGCAGCACUGAGAUAAUUAAGGACAAAUUGCACCACCAGCCCUGAAACCCCCAAACCUGCAUCCCGUUGGAACCCACAUCUUGCGCCUGUUAAACACCCAUGGAGAUCUUCUACUUCAACUCUUCCAGCGUCUACAUCCAUAAGCUGUCAAACAGCAGUGGUGGAGGUGGUGGCAUUACCCCGUACGAGCAGUGUAAGGACAUGCCCGCCGCCCUGAUAUUUUAUCUCACCUUGCAGUCCAUCAACCUGUUCCUGGGGAUCCCUGCUAACCUGAUGGUGCUGUGGCUCCUGCACAAGAACAAGAGGGACUCCUCCACCUCUGACAUUUUCAUCCUCCACCUGGCCAUACUGGAUACCGUCUUCUGUCUCCUCCCACCCCUGGAACUGGUCAACCAAGUUUUCCUCACCAUCACCAGCGCCUGGCAUGUGCUGCUCUUCUUCUAUGGGGUGAAAGACUCUUCGCUGCUCUUCCUCUCCUGCAUCUGCAUGGAUCGCUACAUGGCCGUCCUGCACCCAAUCACUUUCACCGAGCUGAAGGACCGAAACCACCGUGUGGUGUGCGCUAGUGCACUGUGGCUGUUCACCCUGACCUACGCGGCGGCAAAGGGUGUGAACAGCAUCCCACACUUCGAGAAGCUCUUCAUCGCCAUGAUCCUGGCAGCUUUUGCCUUCAUGCUCUUCUGCAAUGUGGCCAUCCUGAACGCGCUCCGCAAGUCGGGCCCUGGCCGCGACGAGAUGCAUCCAGUCAAGAAGAGGGCCUACAAGAUGGUGCUCAUCAUCCUGGCCAUCAUCGUCUGCAACUACUUCCCACCUGUAGUGGUCUUCCCAUUUAAGGAGCAUUUCUCCCAAGAUGUGUUCCACUGUUACAUCAAAUUUGUAGCUUUUGGUUGCAUGGACAUCAGCAGCAGCAUUCAACCCCUUCUCUACCUCUCCCGGGAGAUUCCCAGUUUCCAAUACUGUUGCCGUAAGGAUCAAGACUCAGGAAAGUCCACAGGUCCAUGCUGAACUUUGUGAUGAUCCAGUGUGCAUAUUUGCAGUCAUAUUUAGUUUUGUAGGAUUUUUCAUUUUCCAGUUAUAGAAUUGAUGCAGUUAUUUCUAAAAAAGCGCUACCUAAUUUUACAUAAAUGACAGUGCAUCAUGUACUCAGUCUAAAUAAAGGGACACUGACUCAAAGAGGCAACACAAAUGUACUGAACUAUAUCCGACUUGAUUUUGACAUCGUUUUUUUUUAUUUCUUUGAAGCAUUUGUCUGAAUAUAUUUUCAAAGUGACAAUUGUGCAUUAUAUGUAAAUGUCCAUACAAAUAGUAGUUUUGUCUACUACAGCCAUCCUAUAUACACUGCAAUUUUUAGAUAUGAGCCCCUGUAUAUUAGAAUAUUACUGAUAUUAUAAUUUAAUAUUUUUCUGCCAAAAUUUUAUUUAAAAUAUCUUUAAAAGUACAACUACGUUGUGACUGCAGCUUCCUACAUCUCCUGUUUUGACAACUCUUUUCAAAUGAACUUAAACAGGAUAUUUAGCAAAGCAUAUUUAGAAUCAUAAAUCAAAAUCAAGAAAGAAGGUAGUCAACUAUUAACUAUUAAUAAUCAGAAGGCGUUCAGCAACUAUAUACUGCACCACAGGCAGUAUGAAUAUGUGAUAGGCUGUUGUGUAUGUAGACUAUUGCAUUUUUAAUAAGUGAAUAGGUGUAAGGUACGGCAUGCUGGCACACCCUUAGGAACCAGCUUACGAGUAAAUCUGGGUCAAUUCAACAGUUUUGGACCACAUCGUCACAGAUUUGAAUGAGAAUUGGCAUGGCGAUUUGGUCUAAUGAGAAACCCCUGGAACCAAAAUGACGCUUGUCUCAUCAUUAAGGGAGAUAUGGACUAACAAAGCUUGGGGUAAUUAGCAUGACUCUGUGACUUUGGCAUGCCAUAUCUACAUUAUUACAGGUCAUAGAGAAAUGGUUCUUAUAUCUUUAUAAAGGUCUUUUCAUGCUCUGUAUUUUCAAAUAUUCAAUAAAGCUGAUCUGUGAAAAAAAACUGUAUUUCAAAGUGAAUCAAAUUUUCAGUAAAGUUGAGUUACAAUGUCAUCAAAACCUUCAGAAAAUGUUGUCUUGGUUUUUUGAGUCAUUGUCGAGACAUAACUUAUCUGUGUAAGUUGUGCAAGUGG